AUAAUUCAGUCUGGACUCCAGCAGAGCCGAGAAUGUGUUUACAGCAGUGUGUACAUGUGUGUGUAAUAGUAUAACAAAGAUAUUAGUCUGUGAGAAGAUGCAGUACUGAAAUGAAGAUGAUGUGAGUGUGUUAGUUUGAAGAAAUGUUCCUGUAGUCCUGGAUGAUGAACUUUUCUACCUGAAGACUCUCAGAAUGACCUCAGGAAAAGAGAUGAAGUUGAUCUGUGUGAUACUGGUGAUGUUCUCUGGAUUUAUGGAGCCCACAUCAGACUUUUUGAUAAUUGGUCCAUAUGCUCCUCUUGUUGUUAAUGCUGUUGAAGACCUGGUUCUGCCCUGUUCUCUACAACCCACCAUCAGUGCUGUGGACAUGACAGUGGAGUGGUUCAGACAAGAUCUGACUGAAACUGAUCAAUAUGUGCAUCUUUAUGAAGAUCAUGAAGACAGAAAUGAGAAUCAGAUAAGGUCCUACAGAGGGAGGACAGGCCUAUUUAAAGAAGAGCUACAGAAAGGCAACACCUCACUGAAACUCUCAGGAGUCCAACCUUCUGAUAAUGGACUUUAUAAGUGUUUAAUCAAAUCAGAGUCCUGGUAUGAUGACAUCACUCUUCGAGUAACAGUUAACGGAAAAGGUUUUCAUGCAUGGAAGAUUGCUGUCAUCUGCAUAACAGCUUUUGGUGUUAUUUUGAUUGCAUUUAUAGUUUACAUCUUGAAAGGUACAUUUUCAAUGAACAUUUUUCAAGAAUAGGUGUCAGAAUAUUUUAUAUAUUGUCCAUAUUUGGAUCAUUGUGUGUGUGUGGAAUGAUAGUGAAGAAUUUAGCCACUGCCAGUUAAAUAGCCACACAUUGUCUUGUUACAAAAUCUGGGAGAAAACAUGUAUAAAUACUUUUACAUUUAUAAUUACUUUCACUUUAGCUCUUUAAGAUCCAAAAUUAUAACUAUUAGCAGCAAAUGGGUGUUCAAUGUUUGACAUGGCCCGCUGGACCACUGUUAUGUCAUCAUUGUCUUCAUAGCCAUGCUCUUAUGUUCAUAUAGUGUACUCUGGGUCUUCAUAUAGUGUACAAGUAUCUUUGUAAAGUUUCUUUACAUCUAUAUCCUCAGAGAAGCAGAUUUUAAAAAAGUUUUUAAAAACUUAUGAAAUGCUUAUAAUUGUAUAUACUAUAAACUAUAGCAUAUAAAGAUCUGACAAAAGAAUCUAAAAAAUUUUUUUUUUUGUGAAAACCAAAAUUUGUAUAAUUCUCAAAACUUUUGGCCAUAACUGUAGUUGUGUUGUGUGUCCUCUCCUCUAAUCUAUCUUCUUG